GGAACUUACUUUAAACCCCGACUUCCGAAACCAAAUUACCCCAGAAUGACUUUUCUGACAAAUCCAUUUCAACGGAAAAUUGCCAAUGGGCUUAAAAAAGGAGCUUAUGAUUAAUAAGUGCAUCGCUUUUGGAAGUUUGGUGAAUCACCUUUUAAGUUUGGUGAAUCACCUUUUAAGUUUGGUGAAUCACCUUUUAAGUUUGGUGAAUCACCUUUUAAGUUUGGUGAAUCACCUUGGAAGUUCGGUGAAUCACACUACGGGGCCUCCGUACAUCUCCGAGCGAAACAUUUUUUAUAGCUGCAAAUUUGUUAGCUUUAGCAAUGAAAUCUUAAACUGAAAAAGCCGAACUGCUUUGGAAGGGUUUUUAUUAAGCCGAUUUAAUCUCGAAAAUUUAUAAGAUAUGGCUUAAUGGAAUUAAAA